AUGGGGAGGCGAUUUAGUUAUAAGGAGACAGAGAUUUUUCUGCGCUUGGCUUUCCACAUUCCAAUUUCAUUUUCUGUUAUAGCUGUUAUUCAUUGGGUAAAGUUAAACGGGUCGAGUCAAAGUGGUCACUUUGAUCAGUUUCUUCGACUUUCAACCCCCGCAACAUGCAACUCGGCGACCCUGAGUCACGAAGCCCUAACUCGGGUCAACGCUGCCGCAGCCCCGAGGGCGGCCAAACGCGCAACAGAGGUAGCAAAAUCAGCAGUGAUGUUGACCUAUCUUGGAGUCCUUACAAUCUUGGAAGAUUGGCAUGAAGAACUCGAGUUUAAACGGCUGCGACAGCUAAUAUUUCUUGUGAAUCAACAAUUCAAAUUCUGUUUCUCCCUUCAAGGAAUCUUGGAACAAAAACUGCAGCAUUUCUGUAAGAUCCACACCAACCUGUGUGUUCCAUGGAGGAAAUAUGUUCUACUCGGUCCGGGUCUUUGCGAUCCAGCGAAAAUGCAGAUGGUGAAUGUGCAACAGCAGCAGCAGAAUGAGACAAUUCUUCUUGCAAGAGAGGGAGGUUCUCGUUGGACGGAUGCGUGGUAGAUGGCGGCGAAAAGGGCGGUGAUGAGGAGGGAGAUGGUGAGAAUAAGUACUUUUGGUGACCAGGUCCUAUACUAACUGGAAGGGGUGAUGGUGGUGUUGGGGGUGAUGAUGAUGGGGAGACAUGGUCAUCCCUCUUAUCUUCCAUUGAUGUUCUAGACAAUGUUAUCUCUUUGACUUGAGACAUGGCAAUCCCUCAUAUCCUCCAUUAGAAUUACAGAAAAUGUAUCAUCCUCUUUCUUGAGUUUUGAGUGCUAAAGAUAUUCAGAAGCUAUGAUUUGCAUUAAAAUUAAGAAUCUAUAUUUGGCUGGGGUCUUGUUUUGAAGUGUUGGUGUAAACCUAACAGCCAUGUGCCAACUGCCACUUCCUUUAUUUUCUUAUAAACCACCAUACUAUUUUUCUU